GUGCCAGGUCAGCUCUGCUCAGGGGCACCUCCUGCAUCCUGCCAAUGAGGAUGGGCGUGCAGACCGUGCCCGGGAGCCAAGCCGCCGCCUGCUGGGUGUAGGCUGCUUCAGUAUUUACUGGAUGUGACAAGCAGAGAGAAGAGCUUUCAGCGGGGCUGCUUGCUGCCUGGCUCAAGUGGUGGGAGGUGUGUUGUGCACGCAUGCCUGUGUAUGUAUGUGUGAGCGAGACUGUGUCCAUGCAAACAUGCCCUUCACCUGCCAAGGACUUCACUGCUAAAAGCAAGCUCUACUCUUUCCUCAGAGCUUCUUAACCCGCAGCCUCUCUGACCAUCCAGUUGGUAAAGACCUGCAGGCCAUGAGGACUGGUCAACGACAGUGAGAGGACGUGAAAGGGUAAAUCCCUGAGCCCCGCAGUCUUAUUUGCUGCCCUGACGUCCCAGCCAACCAGCCCAAGGGUUAAUCGUAAGCGGAUGCCUGUAUGGCUGCCUUACUGAUGCCACGCAGGAACAAAGGCAUGAGGACUCGACUGGGCUGCCUGUCUCACAAGUCAGACUCAUGUAGCGAUUUCACAGCUAUUCUUCCCGACAAACCCAACCGCGCUCUCAAGAGGUUAUCCACAGAAGAAGCUACAAGGUGGGCAGAUUCCUUCGACGUACUUCUUUCUCAUAAAUAUGGGGUGGCCGCCUUCCGCGCCUUUCUGAAGACUGAGUUCAGCGAGGAGAACCUGGAGUUCUGGCUGGCCUGUGAGGAGUUCAAGAAGACCAGGUCAACUGCCAAGCUCGUCUCCAAGGCCCAUAGGAUCUUCGAGGAGUUUGUGGAUGUGCAGGCUCCACGGGAGGUAAACAUUGACUUCCAGACCCGAGAAGCCACAAGGAAGAACAUGCAAGAGCCAUCCCUGACUUGCUUUGACCAGGCCCAGGGAAAAGUGCACAGCCUCAUGGAGAAAGACUCUUACCCCAGGUUCCUGAGGUCCAAAAUGUACUUAGAUCUGCUGUCCCAAAGCCAGAGGAGGCUCAGUUAGACCUCAGAUGGGGACUCUUGGAAAUCACUGGCCUUCCCUUCCCCUUGCUGCCAAGACCAUAACCUAAUGUGAAGUGUCAUGGGUGUUCAAAGGCAGUGGCAUUUGGGGUGGGAGGCUGGGGGUAAGGAGGGAACAAAGGGCCAUUCCAAAGUGUGACCCAGCUGCCAGAGCUCGGACUCUUCCAUUUACCCACGUCUGUGUUUGGUUAGUGGUAGCACCCUGCCUCUGUCACCUUUCUCUGGGUCAGCAACUUGCCCUUUACAAUGCCUUGGGUCAUCUCCACUGAGAAGGCAGAUCUGCUGUGCUAGGCUAAUCUGUAAAUAGUGCAAAUGCAGUUUCCACCACCUCCAUGCCCUCCCCCAUUAAGGUUCCUGACUCUCCACUUGUCUCUGACCCCUGGCAGGAGUACCUGGAAGAUUUGGCCUCUCACUUGUGAUUUACUGUCACAGUAUAGUGGCCACCCUAAGGUGCUGGCAGAGAAGUCUCUAUGGAAUCCCAUAGGAUUGUCUUAUGGAAUCCCAGGUUUCUAGUACCAUUGACAGAUGACCUUUGGGAGAGGGCAAACUGUGGAAUUGGCUCUUCCUUCCAUUUCCAUUGGACCAGUGUGAGAAUAUGUGAUCACUGCCCUUCUUGGCCUAAGAAAUUUGUAAGACUUCCUUACUCUUGCAUUUCCAGAAAGGGUAUUGGGAGGUUUCCUUCAGAACUUCUGAGUGGAGCUAUCAUUAAGAAAGAUAUAGCUUGCAAAUCUUCCUCAGUUCUACCAAGAACUCUUCCAGAAGCAGAAUGACCAGGGAAUGUAGCACCGGUAGACUUUUGUGCAAUGGGCUCCAUAUAACCUGUCUGUCGCUUAAUGCGUUCUCUGUCUUUGCUUCUCUGUGGCAUCACACAUCCCUGAUCUUUUAGGAUGACAGAGAGCUUGGCAAAGGGAGGUAAAUCCCAUAGCAUGACAGUUCUCCCAGUGCCUAACACUUGCCCUGUCUCUCACCUCCCCCUUCCAUGCAGGCCAUGUAAUUAUGAUGGGGGAGAACAGAAAAUUAGACCAAAACUUUCCAGCUUGCUUCCUGGGAGCAUGCUUUCUUAGAAAGAUCCCUCUCUUGGCUACUAAGAAACAACUUUCUUCUUGGUCUCUGGUCUUUGGGAUUGAACAUUAAAUAGGUGUGGCUAAGAAGAUCACUGUGAACACCCAGCUGUGGAGACCUUCCAAAAACGCUUUCAUGGUACCCUGGGGCUACUGUUGGAAGUGUGGGAAACUCUUCCUUGGAGGAUGAAUGAACAACACAGAACCUUCUCUAGCUACCCAGGAAAAAGCUGACUUUGCUGCAGGAGCAGGUGCCAAGGGAAUGAAUCCUCAGUAGAAAGAUCAGAAGGUGAAAGAAGAUCCUGGAAGAUACUGGUUUCCAGGUGAACUGACUCACAGAGAAUGUGGUGGAGGUACUACUGGGAUAAUUUAUGGCCAAUGGAUUUGGCUUCAUUUCAGAUCUACAGACCUUUCGCUUGUCUGAAUGGAAUAGCACAUGAUUAGGCACACACUCUGGAGUCCAGGGAUGGAGAACUGGUUGAUGGAGCACUCUUCUUGUGUGGGAUGCUAGGUCAUUUGAGACCAUACUGAAGUUCCAGGGUUUGCAUUCCUGUCCAGUAACUGUGAGAAUCACUUCCUUCCUUGGCUCCAGUCACAUAAGACCAAGAAGGCCCUUGGAUCCCACUAGUGAUUGAUAGUGCCUGCGGCCAUGCCAUGGCACCUUGUCAUCUGUAAGUGAUUGGCGAGUCUAUGUGAACCUUAGUGGAGAGGACACUUGCUUUCUAGGCUUCACACUGAAGAGACCUGUGGAAGUUCAUGUUCAAGCACUCCAAAGCCUCACAUGGUGUUCCCAGUCAGAUGAGAUAGUAUCUCCCCACCAUGGUCAAAAACAAUUCUUAGCUAAAGCUGCCAGAAUUAACUUACUGAUCAAAUUCUCUAACAGGGUAUUUUGAACAUUGUUUACAUAUGAAAAGUGCACCUGCUGCCAGCUCUACUGACGAAGAUGAGGUGCAUAUAAAUUGGGACUGCACAGAGAUAUGGAGAUGCGAAAUGUCCUAGAAGGGCCUCUUCACACUUCUGCUAUCCCAAGGAGAAAGCUCUAAAGAAGAACCUGUAUGGCCUCUUCGGUUGGGAACUGAGUUUUUGCCAAGUACUGAUGGAACGAAGGCUGCAAACGAAGGCUGGUGGUGUCGCGGCACCCUGGUGAUCCCUCCCACCGUGGGAGGUGUGAAGGACCAUGCUUGGGUGUCUUGAAUUUUUCAGCUAGACAAGGGCAUGUGGGUGUGUGUCCGUGCCUAGAGGAACGCGAUAGCUCUAUUUAUGGUUCUCCUGUGGAGCGUCUCUGCGUGCAUAAGUGUGUGUAACAAUUGUGAACGCUGUAGUAGUCCACUGCAGUCACGAUCUUCCCGUGGGGUGACUUCCCUCACACCCGUAUCCCCUGCUUCCCACAAAAGGCUCAGAGCUCUCUGCUUUGAUGCCCAUUCUUAGGCACUUUGGUCAUGCCAACCCAGAUUUUGGUCUCUGAUGAAAGAGAAAUGUUUACAACAUCUAGAGCAAUAUUCAAGCAUACCUCAUCCCUGACCUUCCAUGUCUCCAGUCCUGUCCCCCUCUCCCAUUUCCUCCUCUGCGAGCCUCAUCCACCUUAGUAGGCACUUGGAAUCCCAGGUGCCAGUUCCAUUGAACGUCUUCCUUUGCUCCUCACGCCAGGCUUGUGCUGGUGGCUGUCUUCUGGAUUCAAGCGUUACUCUGGGCCUGGGACCCGUUCAGGCUCAAGGAAAGCCUGAGCAGCAGGCUGGGUAGAGCUGUGGCUUUGAGAUCUGCUCUCCAUCUCUGAGUGACCUUUGGUUCCACUGGAGUUCUCACCUGUUUUGGGGCUUGCCCAUGAUGGUCUAAGUAGAGUAUAGUCAUCGACAACCAUUCGCAACCCAGGUGCCUCUGGAGUGAGGAGGGAUCCUCUGAGCAGUGUUCUUAUUAAACUUGAGCAUGCACAGGAAUCACCUUGAAGGCCUGUUAUGAAUGCUAAUUCCCAGUUUCCACACCGAGAGAUGCUGAGCUUAUAGAAUGGGGAGGGCAGGGGCAGAAAUCCACAUUUUCAUAAGCUCCUGUGUGUGUGAUGACCUGUGGACUUCGAAUAAAGAUGGUCUAACACAGUGGCUCUCAAACUCGGUUGCUCAUUAGACUCACCUGGAGAGCAUUAAAAACCUGAAAGUCCAGGUCCCACUCCAGAAAAGCUAAAUCAGAGCUCUUUGGUAGGGACCCAAGGGGCAGUAGUCUUUGAAACUCCACAGGAGGCUCAGUGUGCAGUGGAGGUUAGGAAGCACUGGUCGGAGGAGCCAGGGAGCCCGGCCGAGGGUAAAGCAGCUGUGGGGCCGGAGAGGACUGAGGCCACCCAGAUGCAGAAAGCACAACGUCCAGGAAACCUGGCAGCCGAGUGGGACGCCUAGGGCAGCCGCCUCCGCCCUCCCAGUCUGACUCACUCCUCUGAGAUCCCAGUGUUCUGGCCCGAGCGGGUUUGGCAGCAGGUGUGCCGAGGCGGGAGCUGGAGGGGUACCCGAUCAAGAGAUGCUUCACCGCGCCUCGGGUCUCGCUCGCAGCGCUUCCUCCCGCUUGCCUUGUGGGCCUGGUCCCCUGUUUGUUUCCCCAUGCCCUGUGUUUCGCCUUUUUGUGUCAGGCUGUGCCUCUGUACUCGAGGCCAUGCCAUAGGGUAGUUGGAACUCAGGUAGUGAGUGAAGAGUGUCGUGGUAGUGACAGUAGUAGUAGUAGUAGUAACACAAUGACUUCCAAAUUUUUCAGUGGAGGGUGUCACAUCCUGGGGAGUAUCAAGAUCUGGGAAGCUUUUCCAAGAUCUCAGGGGGUUUGGUCCUCGUUCCAAGCCCUCCGCUUUCCCUCUUGGUCCCAGGCUGGAUGGGCAGCUGGGAAGCUGCUAGCUAGUUUUCUCUCUGGUGCUCUCUCCAGAACUUGCUGCUCCGAUAAACCAAAGCUGUGAAAAGGCAUCCUGCCCAGGUUGCGGGGCCAGCUGCCGAGUGCAAGCCCUGGACACUUGUCCGCAAUGGGGCCAGUGGGGCGUGUGACCCUACGCCCAGGAUGGCGGAGAGACUCGGUGCUGUGAGGGGAAGGAACGAGCCUGCCGUGCUGAGUCUGGGAAGGGUGGGACUGGGAAGGCUGAAGAGGAAGGAGCAGGCAGGAGAGACAAGCCGCUGAGGCGACGUCUGCUCCUCCGUGUCCCAGAGGGAAAGGUGACGAGGGGCACAUUCAGAGGCAGGAUGACCUCCCGCCAACAAGACUGCCCACUUCCAAGCCAGGCAGAGGAAUUGUGGUUUCCCAUCCUCAGCCUUGAAUCUGCCAAGUGUCAGCUCUUUUCAAAAUCUGUAUCCUCUGGGUUAAAAUAAGAAAGGUGGCAAAGUCACUCCUGGCACCGAGAUCCUGUGCCACCAUGCCACUUGGCGUGAGACUGUGGAGGAAAAAGCCAAGAGCAGUCAUGUCCUCCUGUCCCUGUGGCCUCUCAGGACUCCACAGGAUGCUGUGGGCCAUGAUGGGAGACUUCAGGAUGGAACUGCUGGACUUCCCGGGUUUGGGGUCUGGGUCUUCUCAAUAAACUGCUCCUUUCUUGAUUCUUACUCCCUUUGGACCCUUUUGCUCCCUCCCCUCUGCCAGGUGCGGGAAAGGUGACUGGGCUCCGUGCGCACUCUAAUCGCGGUAGCAUUAGCUGGUCACUGGCCAGCACAACAGACUCGUAGAUGCUCAUCGCCAUAUAAACCGCUUGGCUGACAGAGUCCUCAUUGAGUUGUGUCAUUACCAUGUAAAGUGGAAUAAUGUCAUUCACCUUUACUAUCAACAAGGCUGUGAGAACAUAAUAAACAGAACCUGA